AUCUUCUUCAUCUAUGGUACGUAUAUGGGACAGUAAAAAGAACAGUAAAAAUUUAUUGCUGACUUGUUUAAAGCUGACUAUUUUUUAUAAAUAUAAUUGCUACUGCAGUGUGACUAGUUACCACAUACUAAGAAUUAGGACAAAAAGAUUCUUCUGAAUAUUUGAGUAACAAUAGUUCAAAAAAUAUUAAAUGACGUGGUAGAUAUUUAAUCUUCAAAAAACGUCUAUGUUGCAGUUUUGAUGACGAUCAACUGGACAGAAUGCUGAAAAUUAGUGCUAUAAUUUUAUUGUUUAAUAUUAUUUAUGUUAGUUCUUUUUACUUACCGGGUUUGGCUCCAGUUAACUACUGCAAAGAAGAGGAUCAAACUAAAGACUGUAAGUCGGAAGUCACCUUAUACGUUAAUCGGCUGAAUACAGAAGAAUCAGUUAUACCAUAUGAAUAUAGUCAUUUUGAUUUCUGUUUGUCAGAAGAUGAUUCAAAAUCGCCAGUGGAAAACUUGGGCCAAGUUGUAUUUGGAGAGAGAAUAAGACCCUCCCCUUAUAAAAUCAGUUUCAUGAAAAAUGCUAGUUGUGUUCAUCUUUGCGAUAGACACUACAAUGGCAACAAUAAAGAUGAUAACAUGCGUCUAGCUACCCUUAGAAAAGGAAUUAGUUUGGGCUACAACCACCAUUGGAUAGUUGACAACAUGCCAGUAACUUACUGUUCUGAUAAAAAAAAUAAUCAUAUUUACUGUACAACAGGCUUUCGAAUGGGUUGUUAUUCUCGAAAUAAAGGGUCAACUUGUGAUAUGGAACCAUCAAAUGAACCUGCAUACUAUAUUUAUAAUCAUGUUGAUCUGAGAAUUACUUACCAUUCAGGUGCUAAAGAAGAAUGGGGUUCUAAGUUUGGUAGCAAUGGGGGAAGGAUCAUAUCUGUAAAAGUAACUCCAAGGAGCGUGGAUCAUUCCUCUGGUUCUUGUGAUGGAGCUAAUACAAAAAUGUUGAAAUUUCCUCCAAAACCUUUAGGGAAAGAUGAAGUAUUUAAUAUAAAAUAUUCAUAUUCUGUAAUAUUUAUUCAAGAUAAUUCUGUGAAAUGGUCGUCAAGAUGGGAUUAUAUAUUGGAGUCCAUGCCCUAUCCCAAUAUUCAAUGGUUUAGUAUUUUGAACUCACUGGUUAUUGUAUUGUUCCUCUCAGGAAUGGUUGGAAUGAUUUUACUGAGAACUUUAUACAAAGAUAUUGCAAGAUAUAAUCAAAUGGACAAUGGAGAAGACGCUCAAGAGGAAUUUGGGUGGAAACUAGUACACGGUGAUGUGUUUAGACCACCUCGCAAGGGAAUGUUGCUCUCAGUUCUUCUGGGUUCAGGAAUUCAAGUAUUCUGUAUGACACUUGUAACAUUAGCUUUUGCUUGCUUAGGCUUUUUAAGUCCAGCAAAUCGAGGUGCAUUAAUGACUUGCGCAAUGGUACUAUAUGUUUUAUUAGGAUCACCAGCUGGUUAUGUUUCUGCUAGAAUAUACAAAAGUUUCGGUGGAGAGAAAUGGAAAUCAAAUGUUUUGUUAACAUCUAUGCUCGCUCCUGGAAUAGUAUUUGGUCUAUUUUUUGUUAUGAAUUUAGUUUUAUGGGUUAAGGAUAGUUCAGCCGCUAUACCAUUUAGUACUCUAGUUGGACUUUUAGCAUUAUGGUGGUUAGUGUCUGUACCACUAACGUUUGUUGGAGCAUUUGUUGGAUUUAGGAAGAGAGCUAUUGAACAUCCUGUACGUACAAAUCAAAUUCCAAGGUUAAUUCCAGAACAAUCAGUAUAUACUCAGCCUAUGCCUGGAAUAAUAAUGGGUGGUGUAUUGCCCUUUGGCUGUAUUUUUAUACAGUUAUUUUUUAUUUUAAACUCCAUUUGGUCCGCACAGAUGUAUUAUAUGUUUGGAUUUUUAUUCUUAGUUUUUAUAAUUCUUGUUAUAACUUGCGCUGAAACUACUAUCUUAUUAUGCUACUUCCAUCUUUGUGCUGAAGAUUAUCAUUGGUGGUGGAGAUCGUAUCUAACAUCUGGAUUUACUUCAGUUUACUUGUUUCUAUAUUGUUGUUAUUACUUUAAUACAAAACUUCAAAUUGAGGAUGCUGCCUCUGCCUUCUUAUAUUUCGGUUAUACAACUAUAAUGGUAUUUUUAUUCAAUCUUUUGACUGGUUCCAUAGGGUUCUUUGCUUGUUUCUGGUUUAUAAGAAAGAUUUACAGUGUUGUAAAAGUUGACUGAGGAAGUUGUUUUAAGUGGACUAUAAAUUGUAUUAUUAUUGCCCUUAGUUUUUUAAAAACUAUUUAGCUAUAAAUGUGUUUAUACUUACUGUUCAACAGCAACUGAAUGUUUGUAAACUACUACAUUUUACUACAAAAAAUGGAUAAUUUUUUAUUUUGGUAUUAACAGGUGCAUUAAAUAUAUCAUAACUUAGGGUUGUAAUUUAUUUUAUUGAUUCAAGAUUUUAAUAUAAUAAAAAUAGAUGAUUACCUGAAAACUUGACUUAAAAUAGGAAAACAACCCUACAGUAAUGAUUAGCUAAUGUGAAAGAAAUAACAUUGUAUAGAUACCUAUUUAUGUUUAUGGCUUUAGCCAAGAAACUGAAUUAUUAUGUAGAUUCCGAGUUUAUCAGGAUAAAAAUCAUCCUCAAUAAUAUUUUAUCAUUCUCUGAUUCACUAUCUUUAUAAGAAUACAUUUUUAUUUUGAUUAUCAAUGAUGUCCCUAUACAAAAGAAUUAUUUGAACUGUUAUUCAGUAUAAAAUAAAUUUAUUAAAUGUAAAGCAAAAAUAUUACUACGGCCAGUAAAACAUAUUUCAUUCACAUUUGUUGGAAGUAAGUUAAAAAUUCAAGAUAUGGUUACUAUUUUAGUUGCUAACAUCACUUAAUUCUUCAGAAAUAGUCUCAAUAUUUUUGUUCUUUUGUCAAAAGCACAUUCUUUUGAAAAAAAAAUAAUACUUAUUAUGUGAUUUGAAAGUCUGCUAUUGUAAAAUACUAGUGUUUAUUGUAAUAUAAAAUUAAUUUCUACUA